GCUUUUCACAGCGAUCCCCGGCUUAUGUAACCCACCAUCUUUUUUUUUGUAUUUCUUCACCCUGGCUUGUAGUUCUCCCCUCGCCCCCCCACCACUGCCAGCUUUUACCAUCAGCCUUCCUUCCUUCCUAAUUCCUUCCCUCCUUACUUGUAGAUACUCCUGCUUAUAAGCUCAACCCAUCAAUCAAACUUGGGAAGAACUCUUCAUCAUGAGCCUGUUGAGAUGGAUGGGCGUCAACUCGAGCGGAAGUCAAUCGAACCAGAACCUCAACUCAAACGAAGCCCAGAACGAUCAGUGGUGGACUGGCUCAGACGAGAAAUACUUUGGAAUGGAAAACUUCGGUAAUACUUGUUAUGCCAACUCAGUCCUGCAAGCACUCUACUUCUGUAAACCAUUUCGACAACUACUAGAACUCUCCUCAGCAGACUCUCACUUCCUACUACAAGCCAACCAGCAAACUGCAAUCAACCAAUCAACCUCAUCAUCACCUCAAUCACCCAAUCAACAACAUACUCAUAUCCUCAAGACCCCCACUUCAUCCGGACUAUCAUCAUCAUCCGAUAACCUAAAAACCCAUUCAAGAAAUCACACCAGAUCUAAAUCUACCAGCCUCGGACUAGAUACCCUGCAAAAGAACCACCUCAACCAACAACAACAACCAACAUCCUCAUCAUCAACCUCUCCUACCACUCGCCCUCGCUCUAAGAGUAAUAAUCAACUUCAUUUGUCCAAAGACCUAUCAUCAUCAUCUUCAUCAUCAGCAGCAUCAUCAUCAUCAAACUCAAAACCUGAUCAACAGCUGCAGCAUCCUAACAUUCAUCUCAAGACCGACUCAAACACCCUACGUCUCACACAGAAUCAGCCAUCAGCUCACUCAAAGACCCCAAUCCCCACAUCCACUAGCACCAAUGCCAGUCAUACCAAGCGCAACUGGGGUGCUGCAGAUUUCGACCAAGGUAGCCUCGGUAGAAUCCAGCAUACCAAUCACAAUCAACAAAAUCCGACUAGUUCCCAUCUAGAGCCUGAAACUGAUCAAGAUCCCACGAUCUGCUCAUCCCUACGCGAUCUCUUUCGACACAUCUCAACUCAACCUAACUCGGUGGGCGCCGUAGCACCUCAGGCAUUUAUCACCACACUGAAACGGUACAACGAACUCUUUCGGUCGACGAUGCACCAGGAUGCUCACGAAUUCUUGAACUAUCUCGUCAACUCGGUGGCUGAGGAUGUCUUCGCAGAACAGGAGAAGAAACGACUCGAGGACGAGCGAUCAUCCUUACUCGAACCCACCCCGCCCUCACUGCAAAACCUGAACAACACUAGUACGCCAUCCUCAAAGAAAGGUCAUCCACGAUCAACAUGGGUUCAUAGAUUAUUCGAAGGCACUCUGACCAACGAAACAAAGUGCUUGACAUGCGAGACCGUCACUCAACGCGAUGAAAGCUUCCUCGAUCUCUCGAUCAAUAUUCAUCAAAACACCAGCUUAACCGCCUGUUUGCGUCAAUUUAGUGCUAGUGAAAUGCUCUGUCAGAAGAAUAAAUUCUCUUGUGAUCAAUGUUGCAGUCUACAGGAGGCUGAGAAAAGAAUGAAAAUCAAGAAACUUCCCAACGUUUUGGCGCUUCAUUUAAAACGAUUCAAAUACCAAGAAAACUUGCAACGAUAUACCAAGCUCACCUAUCGCGUCGUCUUCCCAUUCGAACUCAAACUGUUCAAUACUACUGAUGAUAUUCAAGAUCCUGAUCGAUUGUAUGAGUUGUGGGCCAUCGUGGUGCACAUAGGCGCUGGGCCUCAUCAUGGACACUAUGUAACGAUCCUCAAGUCACACGGACAAUGGUUACUCUUUGACGAUAACAUUGUGACGAGGAUAGAGGAGCGAGACAUUCAAAAGUACUAUGGCGAUACACCCGGUGUCGGCAGCGGCUACGUGCUCUUCUACCAAGCAACCGAUCUGGAUCUGAUGGAUCUGAUGGGCGUGCCCGCCGAACCUGAAGAAGCUGAAGAAGAUUCGGAAGUCGGGACUGACGACAGCGAUGACCCUAUUCCCGCGAUUGAUGAUAGCACCCAAGGUAGCCUGUUCACUGCUCGGAGUUCUCCAUUGAGCGCAGAGAUCAAGAAGGAGCUCCCUCAACUCUCAUCAUGGAAUGGUUUCCAGUCUUCAUCCGUCGACAACCCCGUUCGGAAGAACUCGGCACCCUUCUCUUCAGGCUUGUCUAGCUCUUCUUCCUCAAAUAGUCACCCCCUACCGUCCACCUCCCAACUGCAAGCAACAGCUGGGAGCUCUUCAAUAUCUAACAGAACUCUUUCGACGAACGAUCGGAGCGAACUUCCGACUUCUAAUCACUCGAACAAACCUGAGUUUUCCACCCCACCAUCAUCCCAGAUGGAAGACAAUAAUCCCCAGACGAGUGCAAAGGUUCAAUCUCCUCAAACGAAAAUCAGUGGGACCGGGGUAUUGUCGAGAUCUCCUUCGACUAGCACGAAGUACUCCUCACUGCCCCGUUCAGGUCCUCAUCUAGCACACAACCCGAUUGAUGUUCGCUUUUCUCCCCAAUCCAGUCCCGAGUCGGGACUUCUAUCACCCUUUCAAACCGGGCCAUCGUUACCGAAAAACGUACUUCCGAACGCUCCAGUCCGGACGAUCCCUAAUCUGCCUUCCCCCAAGACAAAUGACGAAAGCUCGAGCAGGUCGGCCAUGGCAGCCUUCCUACCCACUAGCCCAUUGACAGCCCCGUCCAGCAAUGGUAAUUCUAGUAAGCCUACAUCCGCCAGCACCACUCCCAAUCUGCAUCGGAAGUUCUCGGCGAAGUUCUUGAGACGGAAGAAGUCCUCGGCCAGUUCAUCAUCGCCCGUCCAACCACCGCCCAAGACGGCCGAUCCAUCUCCUCGCUCCAGUCCGACGGUUGGUGGGAAUGAGUCGGUAGGAGGACUCGGAUCAAGAUCGAGUGAGCAAGCUCUCCGAAACCCUUCUGUCCACCACUACCAUCAGCCCAUCCUCUCCUCCCCACUCGGACCCGAUUCGACUGACAAACACCCUCACCACCAACAACAACAUUUCUUUUCGCCCCGGACAACUAAUCUGGGAAGUUACCGUCACAGUCUCUCGACCGCCUUAGAUCAUUCGAUCCCUGGGACGAGCUCGAAUGCACCCACCUCGCUCCCUCCCAGUAACCGCAACUCGAUCCACUCCGUCUUCCACUCCAUCUCCCAUUCCUCGGCUUUCAUUGGCCCCAGUCCUCAUCUUUCUUCCUCCCCCAUCCCGUCCGCCUCCGGAACUACUACUACUACUACUACUACUACUACUAAGGGCGCCCAAGCUCCCCCGGCUACUUCUAUCCUCACUGAGAAACAACAACGAGAAAUCAAAAAGGCCAGCGAGAAGGCUAAUAAGCUGGCUGCUAAACAUAAGCUUAAGGCGCUCAAGGAUCGCUCAAAUUCGAAAUUUAUAAGCACCACCACCCCUUUUGAUAAAGAUCAUUCUACUACUAAUAGCAGUAGUAGUAAUAGAUUAGCUGCUCAAUUCAAGUUUUCUAGAACGCUUUCCCCAGUCGAAUCUCAUACUAAUAACCGUAGUCAUCCGCCACUAGAACCUCCUUCUCUCUCGCCCCACUACAAAGGAAUAAUCAGUCCAACAAAUGUCACGAAUCAAGAAAGACAGAUCAUCACGUCUCCUUCGUCGUCUGCUUCUAGGAAGAGCUUCGGCUCGGUCGUUGGAACACAGGCUCCUCCGCCGUCCACUGCCUCCUCUCAUUAUCUUCAUCAUUCUUUGCCGAAACUGGGAAGACCUCAUUCUGCUUCCUUGCGCUCUUCUUUGACUCAUACGCCGAAUCCGAAUCCGAAUCCGAAUCCAGUCUCUCUUCCCCAUUCUCUGCCUACUUCUAAUCCCAAUCAGAAUUCGAACUUGAACUCCAAUGUAAAGGCAAAUCGGAUCUCCGCUUCCUUGGCUAAUAGACCUUCCUCGGCUAAAAGACCCUCCAUCAUCGGCCCGGCUCUUGCCCCGACUCAUAAACCGGCUGCUGGCUCGCUGUCCGAUUUCUUCAUGGGUCGAAAAUCUUCUUCUGCUUCUUCUUGAUUGUCCUUCUCUUUCUUUUCUCCUUCUUUGAUCUGUUUCUUUUUUUCUCUUUUUUCUCUCUCUUUUUUUCUUUGAGGGGUUUCUUUUAUAAUUUCUUUCUCAUUGUCUAUAUUUUUUUUUCUAGCUUUCUUUAUAUAUAUAUAUAUACAUAUGAUGUGUGGGUAAAAAAAAUGUGUGUACAGUUUAUUGAAUGAUGUGCCUGUAAAUGAUUGUGUGUGAUUACAUAGGUUUUUGUU